ACGUUUGUCCAGAUUUCAACUCAGUCUCUAUCAGGUCGUUGACUAUAUCGACAUGGCCGCAAAGAAUGGCUACGAACAAUGGUGGAACUUGCGGAUAUUCGACACCUUUCCACGUAAAUCGCCCAUGCUGACUAGCAGAAUUAAUUUAAACUACAAGAAAUGGAUCUAAACCUGGAUUACCAAGAAAAUUUCAAUCACCACACAGCUGUAGCAAAAGCUCUUUCCCAUGAUGUGCAAUCAGAGGCUUUUUAUGGUACUAUUAGGGCCCUUCUUACAACAAUACAAAUAUCCAGAAGGCGAAACUGCAAGCUAACGGAGCCCCCUGAUCUCUUGCCUAUAACCGAAUCACUAAUUAGGAAUACAAAGCUAACUAUAGACCUGGCCAUAGUGGCUGGGAAGAUAAACUGCCUGACAAAAGUAUUCAUCCAAAACAAUCCUGUUACAGUUGAGCAUUUGAUGGUGCAGUCCUCACAGAUCAAAGAGACUAUUCCCAAGAUCUGCUUCUUGUUUGGAGUUAUUGAUUGCCUACCGUGUGAUAGAUAUGAUGGGACAGUAGUCAUCAUUGGUGAAGAGAUCUUUCAUUUAUUGCAAAAUUUCAACUCAGUCUAUUUCCAUAAGAUGAAACUUCUGCUUUCGUGGUUGCAAUAUGUCCAAAGCAUUAUAUGUUUCAUUCCUCUUUCAAAUCCCAUUCGAACAGUGUUUCUCCUCCCUCAAAGUGAAAUGAUGAAGCUUAUUAAUUUACAUUGGGAGACAACACAAGUGCAAACUUUACCUGAACAGUGCCUAGCGACAAUCUGCGGUAUCUGGCGUACCGCCCAACCAACUUCACACUAUGCUGAUAUCGUGGCUAAGAUGGCGUUGACGAACUUGACAUGGAGAUCAAGAACAAAAUACCUCAUCCUAGCUACAGUAUUGCCUUUUACACAUUUCAAGGAAAUUUUGUGCGAGUAUCCAGACACAGUUUACGCAAUCACGACGAGCCUCGAUUCAAAUUGCCUUUUGGCUGCCGGAACAGCUCUUUUUAAAGCUUUUGCAAAAAAUUUGCCUCCGGAUGAAUGGGAAGACUACUGCCAAAGUGUAUUGCUUGACGCUUUGAACCACACGAAUCGAAGCACACAAUUCAAUGCUGCUCAUUACUGGCUUCCCUGUUUGACCCAUGCUUCACCUGUGGUUCUUAUUGAACUAAAGCAACGCCUUCUGAAAGCCGAAAAUUUUAAUUGGUUAGCCUACAUAUCACUACUGAAGCUGAUGGAUCAUCUCGACGAAAGCGAUAGACUGCUAGCCAAACAAGCUUUGAUUCAUGGCGAGGAAGAAGUAAGAGCAGCAGCAUUUGGGAUGCUUCUCCAUACAAAUAAGAAGACGGAAAUCAUUCGCAUCGAAGAUUGGAAUCUAGUGAACAAUUUUCUGAUAAAAAAUCUUCGAUCAGACAAUCCGCAAUUUAGACUGAAAUUGCUUUCCACAACUCGGCUAUUUCUGAUUCGAGUAUUAGAAUCUUGUCUUAAUAGAAUGAAAACUAAUUGUUCUAUAGACGAAGAUAUUGACAACUUAAGAAAGCUGCACGACCACCUACUUAAAUGUUUAACACCAUCAUCCAGCUACCAAAAGAAAAUCACUUCAUUGGCUGCCCUUCGCUACAUCCAUCAGCUAUUUGGCGAUAACGACGCUCAAGCAGAUAGUUUGGCAAAAGGUGCAUCACUAACAAAACGUCGCCAGUUGAUCCAACUAGCUGGCGAUCGCUGGAACUUUACGGGCAAAGAAUCAUUGGAUCGUUACACAAUCUGUUUAAUGGAUGAGGUUAUUGACGUUCGACAAAAAGCAAUCGACAUGCUGCGAGACUUCUUUCCUUGCCCACCACUCAAUUACGUACGAUUACUUUAUCGUCAAGGAUUGGAAAUGUGUGACAGUGCAAAGUUUCAACGUAGUGAAUGUGGUGCUACAGUUAUUCAAAUGGUCAGCCAUUGGUCGUUGACCAGCACAUCCACUGUUCCAGAGUUGACUCUAGAAUUUCUAAUGGAAGAGAUCCAGAAGCGAUUUCACCAGCUUAAACUAGACUGGAUGUUGGGAGCUUCAGAAGGGCCUGUCCACGGUUUCAUUGGCGCUUUGGUCAAAUUUCUCCAGCUUCGACAUCCAUCCCAUUCUGUGGUAUCAUAUGCAGCUCUGAUUCAUUUGAGUCAAACAAUUAGUAGCUACAUGUUGGACACCUUAGCUAGCAGAUCUACUGGAAGUCCGGAUAUGGCGCCCUCUUUUGAAGAAAUGAGCCAAGCAAUUGACGAUAUUGUCCGGCGGAGUAAUGCAGCCGAAACGAAUGAUAGCAUUUCCAUCAGCGUUCAGCAACAGCUAGUCUUGGCCUGCGCCUGGCUUAACUUAAAGGAAUCGGGUAAUUUAGCUGUUCAAGUUGCCAUCUUGCUGCUAAACGAUGAACGACUGACCAAAGAAGACCGAGUGCGUCAGAUUGAAGAAUGUGCACAGAUAGUAUAUCAAAUUCUUCUACGGUGCCGACAUAAAGGUGCCAUUGAGGCAGCCGGUGAUGCUAUGGGCUUACUCUGCCGAAGGUUGUUUGCUAGCCAAGAGAAAACCAUCAAAGCUAUUCCCGGCAAUAUACUGACAAACUUUCUUGAUCGACUCGAAAACUCAAAACUGGGUGCGUCCAUCACUCGUCGCUCAGCUGGACUGGCAUUUUUGGUUAGUAAAAUUGUAAGCAGCCAGUCUGAAAAAUCCUCGACGGACUCUUUACUCGUGAUGACCACCAAAAGGCUGAUUAGCGUUGCGCAGCGUCGCUUUAAUGUGAAUGAAAAGCAAGAUGAUGUCUGUGACUUGCCGCAAUCGGUGGCUAUGCAUUUACUCAAGUCGUUAGUUCAUGAUGCCUCAUUGAGCGUUGGCGUGCAACCAGAGCUCAUGGAACCUAUCGUUAAAUUGAGUGUCGACUCGUUCGCCCAUCCACACUGGUCCGUGCGGAAUGCUGCACUCCAGCUGCACGGAUCCGUUAUACCACGUUUGAUAGGUGCCACUGGCAAAACGACUGCAGAACUGUUCCACAAACUUCCUGGAUUAGAGCCGUUCUUUCUUCAGAAAUUAGCAGAACAACCAGAAGGUCGUCAGCUCGUUAGCGGGAGUCUUAUUCCCAGUCUCAGCAUUUUGAGCCGCCUUUUCCCUGACAAUGGGAACGAAGCCCGAAAUUCAAGUUUCACCGCCCUUUUGAUUGUUUUACUUGGCCAUCCAGUGAUUCAAGUCCGUCAGCUGGCCGCGCAGAGCUUAUUGGCAUUCGUUUCGCUCUUCAAGACCAAAUGGAUAACAAUGCAGCUGUGCGAGGAUGCAGUAACUUUAGUUACUCGAACAAAUUCGGAAACACCACUCCACAUGUGUGUCCCUGGUUCUUCGAUCACCAAUAGCCUUCACGGCUGCCUAUUUGCCAUAUACGAAUUUUUAAACCGCUGUCGGGACGUUGCGCUAAGUGUAGAAGAUUGGGAAAUGAUUCGCGAGGCUGCUUCGGCUCUUAUUCCUGUUGAGAACAAUCAUCGCAGUUACUACAUCAAGUCGGCCAUCUUGAAGCUUUUCCAACUGUUGCCAAACAUGGCUGGCGAUCUGGACUAUUUUACGAUGUACCGGGACGCAUCGGUGCGCAAAUUAUACAAAAAUCAACCUGGUUUUUGUGAUUGGCUCAAAUUGAAAACCGAGCUGAUCGUUAAUAAAAUAUCGCUUAACUGCAUGCUGCCAGCCAUUGAACACUUUCUUCCGCCCUAUAGUGGAAUGGAUGUAUUGGAAACGGCCCUUAAAGGCAUGAAAACACGUUUGGCUCACCUGUCAAGCUCCAGCGUCCUAGCAAACACCGUAACUGGCUUUGUUACGUACUACAUCACUCAUUGGAGAUCGUACCCUACUCUCUUACCUGCUUGCCUUGAAUUCGUCCAAGCUAGAGGAGCCGGAGCACUGCUGGAAAGUGAAACGUCACUCCAAGAGCACAUAGACUUUUUCAUCGAUAAAUGUAUCCAAGCAAGGCAAUUGGGUUCUCCUGUGGCACUCUUGGCGAUCCAGACAACAUCUUCCGUCAUUAAGGAAAUAAUUGAAAAAGGCCUACCCAUUAACGAUUUAGAAGAAGUGGUUUUCCGACUAAGUCGUUGCUUAUUGGAGGCUUCCCAGCCUGAAGAGUCAAUAUCGUUCCGUUCAGCAGCAGCCGUCAGUCUUAAAACGACGGGGAAGCUCCUAGUAACGAUGGCUAACAAACGUGCAGAAACCAGCCAGAAUUUUUUCAUUUUGAUUCUGAAUCUUAUUCAAGACGAAGAAAAAGAUAUACGAGCGGACACAGCCUUAUUUUUGACGAAGUUAGUCGCCUCUGUCAAUGGUAAUUCGGAAGAAAGCAUAGGCUUGGUUCAAAUGAGUCCUACCCAGUGCCUAGAAGAAUUUGCCUUUCACAUUCAUCACUGGUUCCCGAAACAACAUGUCGUUCCCGUUAUAUUUAACUUACUCAAGAAUUCCGAACCUGUUAAAGGCGAAAGUAUUCAACCUCUGUACGAUCGCGAACCCCGAAAUUUUUUUCAGGAAGAAACUGAAUCCGUUUCGUUCCUCGUCAAAGUGUUUGAAACUUUGUUCGCGAGCGGUGACAACGAGCCGCUGGAAUUAGAUAUCGACGUGCAACAAGUUAUGGAGGAAGCCAAUUCCUUGCUUGAGCGUAUUAAAGCUGAUGCUUUAUUCGAUGAACAGGCAAAAGAGUGGCUCUUUACUCAAUCCUUUGGAACGUAUUCAGCUCUGAUUCGGCUAUCUGCUCGUUUGAAUAUCAUAGGUUCAACGUGUCCAUCGUGGAAGAUGGACCAACGUGUUCUUGAGCUUCAAAGCACAAUCGAGAUAUUGACUCGUCAAUGCGUUUAG